CUUUUUAUUAUUAUUUUUUCUUUUAUAUAUACACACGUACAACACAGGCUUUCUGCCUUGGAAAUCAACUUGCAGAGCCUCUCCCUGUCAUUCUCCUGCAAUUUCUUUACAAAAUUCAUAAUUUUCUAGAAAUACUUGCAGUGAUUCGAUAACGUACAAGGCCAUAAAAUAAUUUUUAUAUAAAGAUGCAGAGGAUUGCAGCGAGACAAAAAUCAUGGGAGUUCCGACAAUUCCUAGGUUUGCGGCGUUUGUAUUCGCCGGCCCAGAAUACAAGUGCAUGUCUCUCAGGAAAUGACGCUGGCAUUAUUCCUGCCAUGCCAGCGUUUGAUUAUACUCCACCGCCGUACACGGGUCCCGACGCCGAAGAGAUCAUGAGAAAGAGGAGAGAGUUUCUCAGCCCGUCAAUGUUUUGCUUCUACAAGAAACCUGUGAAUGUAGUCCAUGGCAAGAUGCAGUACUUGUUUGAUGACAAUGGCCGCAGAUACCUCGAUGCUUUUGGUGGUAUUGCCACAGUGAAUUGUGGGCAUUGUCAUCCUGAUGUGGUUAGGGCCAUCGUUGAUCAAACAAAGAGCUUACAACACUCCACCAUUCUAUACCUUAAUCACGCAAUUGCUGAUUUUGCCGAGGCACUGGCCUCGAAGUUACCUGGUGAUCUAAAGGUUGUAUUCUUUACAAAUUCUGGGACAGAGGCAAACGAAUUAGCUAUGAUGAUGGCGAGGUUGUACACCGGUUGUCAUGAUAUUAUCUCGCUGAGGAAUGCAUACCAUGGAAAUGCUGCUGGGACUAUGGCUGCGACUGCACAAUGCAAUUGGAAGUUUAAUGUUGUGCAGAGCGGAGUUCAUCAUGCUCUGAACCCAGACCCGUAUAGAGGUCUCUUCGGUGCUGAUGGUGAAAAAUAUGCGCAUGACAUUCAAGAUCUAAUUCAUUUUGGAACUUCGGGCCAUGUUGCUGCUUUUAUUUCUGAAGCUAUACAGGGUGUUGGUGGAAUUGUUGAGUUAGCUCCGGGCUAUUUGCCUGCUGUAUAUAACAGCAUCAGAGAAGCAGGAGGUCUUUGUAUUGCAGACGAGGUUCAGUCUGGAUUUGCUCGCGUCGGGAGCCAUUUCUGGGGAUUUGAAGCCCAUGGUGUUAUUCCCGAUAUAGUCACAAUGGCAAAGGGGAUAGGAAAUGGAAUUCCCCUCGGUGCAGUAGUGACUACUCCUGAGGUAGCUGAGGUAUUGACUCGUCGAUGUUACUUCAAUACCUUUGGGGGGAACCCCGUAUGUACAGCUGCAGGACAUGCUGUUCUCAAAGUGAUCGAGAAGGAAAAUCUACAGGAGAAUGCCCAUAUCGUAGGUUCCUACCUGAAAAAGCGCCUCAGUGACCUCAAAUCCAAACAUGAAAUCAUUGGUGAUGUGAGGGGAAGAGGAUUGAUGCUUGGGGUCGAACUAGUCACUGACCGCCAAUUGAAAACUCCAGCAAAGGUUGAAAUUCUGCAGGUGAUGGACCAAAUGAAAGAUAUGGGAGUACUGGUCGGAAAAGGUGGUUUCUACGGAAAUGUUUUCAGAAUUACACCUCCUCUCUGCUUCACUAAGGAGGAUGCUGACUUUCUAGUGGAUGUGAUGGACUAUGCAAUGACGAAGUUAUGAAGUUGCCAUCAGAGUCACGGUGGAGCAACUUUCUCAUUGCGCAUUUGAAGAAAAAAAAUAUUGUAUGAUGUAAAUUGUAAUAUUUAUAUCAUUAUUCAUCAAAUGUAUUAUUAAAGCUUUUGUCUAUGUAUCUUAGUUGACGAAGAAUACUUGAUGGGAAAAUAUAAGACUCUUUUAUUUGUUCCGAUGUACUAAUGAAUGAAUAUAUGCAUUUUCUCUAGCU